AUGGCUGACGAAGAAGUAAGUAGAUACUAUUAUAUUUGCGAUUGAUUGGAGCAUGAGUUGAAAAUUUUUUUUCUAAUGGACUUCGGUCCCAUGACAAGAAAUUUGAAGGUGAAUUCAAUUAAUUUGGUAAUUUGUUGAUCACAGAAGACCGUAGAGUAAACUAGAGGUCGUCUACAAUAAGAGGGUAAGUACUAACUAGUAAUUAGCACACUUUUGAGACCGCUGACGCUGGUGCUGCUUUAACCUUCCCAAUUCAAUGUUCCGCUUUAAGAAAGAACGGACAUGUUGUUAUUAA